AUGGCAGUCAUUACUCUAACAUCGUGUCAGAAGAUACCAGCUCACGCCAUCACUUCAAUAAUGCAAGACAUACUAUCCCCCAAAAACACGGAACAAUUGGCACAAUUCCUUAAAGGAGCUGCUAGUGGCCGCAUGCAAGAAUUGCAGAUGCCAAACAAAAGAAACGUCAUCUAUGAAUCCGGUUCGCCAAGAAAUUUGGCACGAAAUGAAGUAAUACAAGAAGUGAUGAAGCCAAGAACAACUGCCGUACAAAAGGCAAAGCCUUCUAAGGUGGUUAUGCAAAGACCGAAUGAAGUGAUUUUGCCAAAAAAUGCAGUAGUUCAAAAUGCAAUGCCAAAUACACAAGUAGUACAAAAACAAAAUGAAUUUAUAAUGCCAAUGAAUAUAGUUAUGCAAAAGGCAAAUGAACCUACUCCAAAGAAUAUAGUUAUAAAAAAGCCUGAAGUAACUAACAGAGUUUUAGUACAAAAACCUGAAGUGUCAAAUCGUAGAAUACUUGUACAGAAAGGUAACGAAAUACCAAUGCUAAGAAGCCUGGUUCUUCAAAAUGGGAACGCUGUCCCUUCGCCUCAUACAUUAGUAAUGGCAAUGAACGAAGUGCCACAGGUUUUGAAACCUGUUGCAGAAAUCAAUACUUCAAGAGUUGUAGUACAACAACCAAGAAUUGUAGAAUAUGCUUCAGAAAAAGUCGUAGCAUCCAAUCCGUACUUACCUGUAGCGUCUCCUGGAUCCUCCCUAACGCCAACGAUGUUCAAUGCUGUACCUCAAUCUAAAGGUCAAUUUUUAAGAAAAAUACCUAUACCUCCUCCAACAAUCUAA